AUGGCCAAAAUCAAGUCCAUCGAAUACUUCCGCGUCAAGCCGCGAUGGCUGUUCGUCAAGGUCACCGACGAACAAGGCCGCUCUGGCUGGGGCGAGGGCACCCUGGAGGGACACACGCAGGCCGUGGAGGGCGCGCUCGACGAGAUCAUUGCGAGGAUUAUAGGAUAUGAAGCUGACGACAUCGAACACAUCUGGCAGACCGUCUGGCGGCUGGGCUUCUACCGCGGCGGCCCCGUCUUCAUGUCUGCCCUGUCCGGCAUUGAUAUCGCCUUGUGGGAUCUCAAGGCUCGCAAUCUGGGAGUGCCCGUUUACCAGCUUCUCGGAGGAAAAGUGCGCAACAAGGUGCAGGUCUACUGCUGGAUUGGAGGCGAUCGACCCAGCGAUGUCGAGAACGCGGCGAAAGCACGCAUCGCCCAAGGGCUCAAAUGCGUCAAGAUGAACGCCACCGAGGACGUCAACUGGCUCGACUCGCCUUCGGUCCUUGACUCGUGCGUUGAGCGCCUCAAGACCGUCAAGUCCCUGGGUUUGGAUGCUGGGCUGGACUUCCAUGGCCGUCUGCACAAGCCCAUGGCCAAGCAGCUGGCCAAGGCGCUCGAGCCAUACCGGCCACUGUUUAUCGAGGAGCCGUUGCUCUGCGAGCACCCGGAAGCCCUGAAGCAGCUAUCCGGCCUGACGAGCAUCCCGAUUGCCUUUGGCGAGCGGCUCUACAACCGGUGGGACGUGAAGCGGUUCCUGGAAGAGCACUCGGUCGACAUCCUGCAGCCGGACAUCGCGCACGCAGGCGGGAUCAGCGAGACACGGCGCAUUGCCGCUGUGGCAGAGGCGUACGACGUCGCCAUUGCACCGCAUUGCCCGCUGGGCCCGUUGGCGUUCGCAGCGUCCUUGCAGGUGGCGCUGGCGACACCCAACUUCGUCAUCCAGGAGAUGUCGCUGGGGAUGCACUACAACGUCGAGGCGGGCGACAUCGACCUGAACACGUACGUGAAGGACCAGUCGGUGUUUGAGAUCCACGACGGCUACGUCAAUGCGCCCACGGGGCCGGGAUUGGGUAUUGAGAUUGAUGAGGAGCUGGUGCGCAAGAUUGCUGCUCGAGACGGAGCCUUGGCCGCCGAAGGAGUUUUACGGUCCGGAUGGGGCGAUUAG